UACCGUAAACCCAAAAAAAACCCAGACUGCCAACGUCAUCAAAGGCGCUGCAAUCAUCCGAAAAUCAAGGGAUUUUAAUUCCUAAAAAGCGCGUGAUCUAUAAUCAAAAAGGAAACCUAUAAAUCUAUAAUUCAAAAUCUGAGAAUUCAAAUCAAAACUUGAAAAAUAAAAAAAAACCAUUCACGAACAAAAAAAAAUAAAAAAUCGUUCGACAACCGAUCGAACAUCCUAAAAACAGUUUUCGAUUCUGCAAACUGCAAUAACGAUUUGCAAAAUCGCUUCCCUGCGAUUAUACAAAUCAAUAUCACAACUGCAAAACUUCUCUCCAAAAAAAAAAAAAAACUCCAUUGACGAACAAAAAAAAGCUUCAGAAACAAAAAAGUCACAGCUAGCUGAAUCAGAAUCAACGACAGAUCAACCAAAUAGUCAACAGAGCAAAUGCGAUCAAGAAUCAAAGCUUAAGAAAAAAUUACCUUCUGCAGAGUACUCGACGACAUGUACAUCUUCAUCGUCUUCCUCUGCCUUUCCUAGAAGCACCACCAAAAGCUAUCAAAAAUAGGUAAUUAUAAAAGUUAAAAAUACAUAACUGAUUAUUAUACAAACAAUACUUUCAAAUACUUAUGUGAGAAAAUCGUUUUUUAUACGUACAUUUGUCAAUAAAAAAAAAUACUUAGAAUAAUCAAAACUGUUUAUAAUAAAAGUUACAUUUGCAUUGAUUAAUGACAGUUUGAUAUGGAAGAUCCAAGAACAGUUAUGAUAUUUUAUAAUGGACAAUGGGUGGACAAAACAAACUACACAGAUUUUGAAGUGACAGGGAUAUUGAUACCAUCAAAAUGUUCUUACAACCUACUUGCACAAACAAUAUGUUCUACUUUGGGUUUGGACAGAAGUAAACAAAACAUUGAUGUUCAAUUCCAAAUUAAAUCAGGAAUACCACCCAUGAAGAUUACAGAUGACAAUGGCUGCAGAUUUUAUGAACAAAUCAGAAAAAAAGAUGAUGAUGAGACCAAAUACCCUAUGAUGGUAAACCUUUCAGCAGCCAUUCCACCAGAAAACAUUGGUAGCAGCUCCAUCAAUCAUGACUACUCUGAACAUACAAUGCAAAUCACACAGCCUAUACCUACAAGGACAGAGUAUGCACAAAACAUGGCAGACUUUGUAAUCAAUCAAGUUGAAAAUGCAAUUGAAACAAGCCAGCAAGCAACAAGUCAAGUGAUCUCAGAUCCUCAUGUUGAUAACAUAUUUGUUGGACAAGUUUUUUCAAACAAGGAAACACUACAAAAUGCUGUCAGCCUAUACUCAAUAAGAAGAAAUCAGCCCUUCAAGGUAAAAAGAUCCUCCAAACUUGACUACAAGCUAGUUUGCAUCGAUGAAAAUUGUAAAUGGAGUUUCUUGGCAUCAAAACAUGGAAAAACAAACAUGUUCAAAAUCAGAAAGAUUCAGCAUUCUCAUACAUGCUCAUUAGAUGUCACAUCUGUAGACCACCCUAAUGCAACAAGCAACCUGAUUGGUAGUGUAAUAAGAACCAAAUUUGUAAACCCAAAGAGAGACUACACACCAAAUGAAAUAGUGGAUGACAUGGCAGAUGACUAUAGUGUCUCCAUAUCUUACCAAAAAGCAUGGAGGGCUAGAGAAAAGGCUAUUGUAGAUGCAAGACGCUGUCCACACGAAUCGUACUCUGAAAUACCAAGAAUCUUGUACAUGAUGGAAAAAUGCAACCCAGGAACAAUCACAGACCUUGUCACAGACGAGAAUGGCCACUUCAAAUACCUAUACUUCGCAAUAGGUGCUUCCAUCAAAGGUUGGCAACACUGCAAUCCAAUAAUAGUCACGGAUGGUACUUUCUUAAAAAAUCAACAUGGUGGAACAUUGUUAAUAGCUAGUGCACAAAAUGCAAAUAGACACAUAUUUCCACUAGCAUUUGCAAUAGUAGACUCUGAGAAUGACACUUCAUGGAACUGGUUCUUCAAAGAAACUAAAAGAAUCAUACAAUGA